AUGUGUCGUUCAGACAAAACGCGGUCGAAGCAGGGUUCCGCAACGGGGGCCGGAACGAAGAAGACCGAGGAGCUCUCGUUCGGUCCUGGUCAAGUUCCGAGCGCGGCCCUCACCUCAGCCUCGGUAGUGUCAAAACGGUUGACUUUUCAAACCGGGAAGUCCCUCAUCUCUUCGAAGGCAUGGCAGCUAUCUGGUUAUGAAGUGCUUUUCUUCAUUUUUCAAAAGAGGAACGCUACCCCAGCUAGAAGACCAGAUCAAAGUAAUGUAGAACUCGAUGAAGAUGUUUCAUCCAUCCAAAACAUUAAAAUGUACACAUAUAAAGAGUUGGUGUGGCAACUGAAGGCUUUAGUCCAGACAAUAAAGUUGGAGAGGGAGGUUUUGGAUCUGUUUACAAGGGAACUCUUAAAGACGGUACCUUAGUUGCUAUAAAGGUAUUGUCCUCUGAGUCACGACAGGGAGUGGGAGUUCUUGAAUGAGAUAAA